UUUUUUUAUACAUAUUUAUUUAUUUAUUCUCUUCAUUUGCUUGAGUUAUGUCAGUUCAACAACAAUUAUUACCCAUUUAUAGUCAAUUGGAUUUUCAAGAAACGUCUCCUUCUAACAUAUAUCAAUUUGUACAAAAUACAAAUAGAAAAUAUAGAAAUCCACCUGUUUACUUUUCAAUCAAAAUUAUUAAAAUUGAUAAUGAUAAAAAUAAACGAAUAUGUUAUCCUGGUUCUAUAUUUGAAGGAAUUGUAAACUUAAAAGUGGAUACGCCUCUUGCUGCUCAAUGCUUAAUACUUGUCUUUAAAGCCGCUGAACAUAUUCAGAUUGAUAAUAGCUUUGAAAGUAAACCGUCUAAGGAACAACUGUUUGUCAUUCGUACUGUAUUAUGGGGUUUACCAUCUCAUACAGGAGAUAAAUGGCCCAUAUUUGAGACAGGAGUAUAUCAAUUUCCAUUCAUAUGUAAAAUGCCUAUGGUCAACUAUCCUCCAUCAUUUAAACAUCACCUAGCUUCUUGUGAAUUUGAAUUAGUAGCUUCUUUAAUCCGUCCGGGUAUUCGACCCUUUCAGACUACACCUUAUUUAAUACGAUAUGAACCUUUUAUUCCAUCCAUAUCUAUGAUUCAUGAACACUCCAGUAUAUAUCAAGAAGAAGUACAAUUAUCGAAAACUUGUAAAGUUUUAUUAACUUUAAAGAAAGGCUGCUAUUAUAAUCUAUCAGAUCCAAAAGAAUCAACUAUAAAUCUUCAAUUGUCCAUUGUGAAUUCUGUUCAAAAAGAGGAAAUAGACAUAACAAACAAAGAUAGCGGCCCUCUUUCCCCUCUUCAUCUUAAAAGAAGUAGUCAUUGUGAUAAUAAUAAUAACUACAAUAUACCAAGUCAUAUCGAAGCCUAUAUAAAAAGAGAAAUGGAUAUUACAUAUGCAUCUUAUCAUAAAUCACAUAUAAUGGUGAUGACCCAUACGAAUGAAUCAAGUUUUUAUAUAGGUCAACUCAAUGGACACCGUACUUACUAUAUCAACGUCCCCAUACCUACAGAACUAAGGAAAGAAAAUCAAGCAACGCUAUUAAAGAAUGUGAAUCUAUUAGACAUGACAACUACAGUCGACUUUUCAAAAUAUGUCAAGAUAAAAUAUAAGCUGUGUAUUACAGCUAAAAUACGAUAUGGUCUUAUUCCUGUUCGACGUCAAUUAUUUUGUGUUCCUAUUCGAUUUGGUACAAUGACUCCUGGAGAGCCAUUACCUCCAACGAUAGUAGAUUAUCGAGAUCCUUCUGUUGCUACAGAUAUAACUUUAUCUACAAAGCCAAAAUUUUUACGUCCAACUAAAAUCGAAGAACAACUACCUGCUUAUAAUGACGAAUUUUCACCUCCUAUUUAUGAUUCCUUAUAAAUCCUGUAUUUCUAUUUAUUAUAAAUACUCUCAUAUUUUACU